CCAGUGUUUCCUUCUAAUACACAAGUAAAGAAACAAAUAAAAAUUAGCCCAGUUAAAACUCCCAUCAUGCAAUGCUCCAUACUAUGGCUGCCGAUAACUUGAUCGUCUGCUUUGUUGCAAUUUUUUUCACUGACGAAUUAUAAUUUCUGAAGUACAAAAAUACCCAAAGAGAAUAUAAAAGUGUAUAUGGAGAAAAGUAGGAAGUCACUUUCUUGCUAGAAAUAUUUUUGGAUUACGUUAAAUCAGAUAAUCCAUUAUGGAUAAAAAGCCAGCUUUCUUGAAAGGACAUGGUCGAGGGAGAGGGCGAGCCUCAAGUAAUCCACCUGCAAAUAUACAAGAAAAUGGAGGGAACCGAGGCAAAAGAUUUAACCAAAUCAAUGAAUCUAGCAAACCUGAAGUAAAUGCUGCCUGUUCACCUAACAUUCCUCCUAAUCCAUGGCAUAAAAAGCCUCCUGAAACUGAGAAAAAUGGAUUAGAAAACAGUGCUGAAGAACGCUUUCAAAAAGCUAGUUCACAGAUGCAAGAAUCAAUUCAAAGACAUUUACAGUCAGCCCCUGAGCAUUUUGAGGAAAGUGAUUCAUCUGAAGAUGAUUUGGCUGAUAAUGUGUUAGACACUGUUUUUGAAGGAUAUUCUGGAACAUAUGGUUCUGGUGAAGUAAAUAAAGUUACUAAAGCACAAGAAGAUUUACUUCAUUCAUUUCGUUCCAACACCUCAGCAUGUCUUGUUUGUAUUGAAUCUAUUAAGAAGACAGAUGCUAUUUGGUGUUGCCAAGGAUGUUAUUGCAUAUUUCACAUUCAGUGUAUCCAAAAGUGGGUACGCGAAGGUGUUCAUCAACAAAACUUAAAACAAGAAAAUGUUGAAGAAAUGGAUAUUCCUUGGUAUUGCCCAAAAUGCAGAUUCGAAUAUAAACAAAAAGACUGUCCUGUUCGUUAUAAAUGUUUUUGCGGUCAAGUCGAAGACCCACGUUUUGAUCCAUGGUUAGUACCACAUUCUUGUGGACAGACAUGUGGGAAACAACUAAUACCCCUCUGUGGACAUUGUUGUUUAUUACUCUGCCAUCCAGGUCCUUGCCCUCCUUGUCCUAAAAUAUUGAAAGCUCUCUGCCAUUGCCAACAGUCUCCAGCAAAAAUGCGACGCUGCUCUGACAAAGUAUGGUCAUGUGGGCAGCCUUGUAGACGUCUUUUACUCUGUCAACAACACUAUUGUCAACAGGCAUGUCAUGAAGGGGACUGUCCACCAUGUCCUAAAACCAGUCAGCAGAAAUGCCAGUGUGGUCAGGAGACUGAUAUUCGACCUUGUGCUGCCCCACAGUGGCAAUGUGGAAAGACUUGUGGGAAAUUGCUUAAAUGUGGCCAUCACACCUGUGAACAAGUGUGCCAUGCUGAAGCUUGUGGGGACUGCCCAAGAAGUGGCUUGCGAAAAUGUCCCUGUGGAAAAAUGUGUAAGUUUUCAGAAUGUCGUCAAACAAUAGUGAAAAAAUGUCGUUGUGCGCAAAGGAGAAAAGAAGUGCCUUGCUGCAAAGACUACAUUUGUGACAUGAAAUGUCAGAAGAUGAGAGAUUGUAGGCGACAUCAGUGCAAACGAAAGUGUUGUGAUGGCAGAUGCCCAAUUUGUGAACAAGUGUGUGGUAGAUCUUUAUCAUGUCGAAAUCACAAGUGCUCAAGUAAAUGUCACCAAGGACCAUGUUAUCCUUGUACCAUGACUGUUGACAAAUUCUGUUUCUGUAAAUCUACCUACAUCACUGUUCCAUGUGGUCGGGAAAAAGUCAUAAAACCACCAAAAUGCAACCAAACAUGCAAGGUUCCAUCUGAUUGCCACCAUCCUGACCGUAAGCCACACCGAUGUCAUUUUGGUGACUGUCCACCUUGUAAGAAUGUUUGUAACAACCAACUACCUAACUGUUCCCAUUUCUGUCCAAUGCUAUGCCAUGAUGCUGUCAAGGUUAAGAAACCAAUCAACCCAUUAUUGUAUUCCAAUAAACAUAAAAUUGUGGACCAGUUUGAAAAAAUAAAGAAACCAUGCCCUCCUUGUCAAGUCAUUGUGGAGCAAAAAUGUCUUGGAAAACAUGAAGUAAAGGAAUUUGCUUGUUCAGCUGUUGUUCCGUAUUCUUGUAAGAGGGCUUGCAACCGUUUACUUCCCUGUACCAAUCAUUUAUGUGUCUUUGAAUGCCAUGAAGUUAAAAAUGCUGCUGAUGAGAAAAAUGCUGGAUCCAAUUGCUCAAAAUGUGAAGAGGAAUGUUCAAGACCACGACUUCCUGGCUGUAAUCAUGAGUGUUCAUUACCAUGUCAUUCUGGUGACUGUCCACCAUGUUCAGAGAUAAUUCGAAUGCGCUGUCACUGUCGAAACAUACUGAAAUACAUUCAGUGCUACAAAUGGGCUACUGCUGAUACAGAAUCAAAAUCUGUCUUAAAGUCUUGUGGACUUGAUUGUCCUAAAGUGAUGCCAUGUGAUCACAAAUGUCCUAUGAUUUGUCACCCUGGAGACUGUUGUCCUAAUGGCUGUGAGAAGAGAAAGUCUGUUCGCUGUCCAUGUAAACGCAGGAAAAAAGAAUUCAUCUGUUCAAUGGUAACAUCAGGGAAAGCCCAGGUGAAGUGUGACGAUGUAUGUAGAGAGAUUCAAUUAAAGCAAAAGCAGAUGCAGGAAGAGGCUGCUAGAAAGAAACAGGAGGAAGAAGAAAGAAGACAACGAAUGGAAAUUGAAGAUUUUGAACGGAAAACUAAAAGAAUUGGUCGAAAGAAACGCAACAGGGUCUAUGAAGAGAAAAUUGAAUUGACUUUCAUGCAGAAAUAUGGCAAAACUGUCUUUGCUGUCAGCAUUGCAGUGAUUGCUGUAGCUGCUGGUAUAUUUUUCAUGUCUUCAUAAGUUUGUCUGAUAAUUAAUAGUCCUAUCAUCACGUUUUAAAAAUAUAACAAUCACAGGGGUUGGGGAACAAAACUAAUAGCCAGAAAGGAUCAUUCAAAAGUAAGUGUUUCUUUGGCCAUACGGGAUUUCUUUGUGAACAGACUUGUGAUCACAAGCAGUCUAUUUAUGACCAUCCCAUCUAUUCUUUAGACACAGUAUAUUUAGGACCACAUUAUCCCAUUUCUAAGAUGAUAGGAUGUGAUUUGAGUGAUAUUUUGCUGCUAUUUCUAACAAAUCAAGUCUCUCGUAUUGUCUUGUAACAUAUUGAGAAGAUAUGUUUAUUCUCUACUUUGGAUACUGACUUGAGAUGAAUAUUCUUCACAGGUUAAAAGAUUCUCCCUUUUAUUAACUAUGGGUAGUAAUGAGGGGUCUACUUAUUAUGACAAAGACCUCGGGUACGUCAGUCAUUUACAGUUUUAGGUACGUACACAUAAGUUAGUCACUGACUGACAUGAUCAUCUAUAGACAAACUACUUGAUUUUUUUUUUUUUUUUUUUUGUAGCUGUUACUGGGCCCUUCUACCUCCUUUACAUAGCGGCAAGAAUGCUGAGGCUGCAAUAAUGUGAAAUGAUUGCUAUUGAGAUAGGUCAAAUGGCUAAGUGGAUAACUCAAUGGUUUAUCACUUUAAAUUCACUUUAGUCCUUUCUAUUCUCAUUCUAAGCAGGACACCUUAUUCUACUCACCUUCAGGUCCCCAAGCAGUUAAAAAUAGGGUGCCAUGUUUUUAGGAAAGACAUUUUCAAUAUACUGGUGUUCUAUCCAGGAGAACUGUCUCCCAUCAGCUUUAUUCUACAGAAGCUGUUUGAAAUACUUGUACUACGAAUCCCUAAGUUUGUGGAAAAUGCAAGCAGCGUAACCAUUAUGAGUGGUGACACUGAAAUCCUAUUAAGAUACACUGAUUUAAUAUACAGUUUGUGCAUUUUGUGUUAUAUAAUUUCAUUGUUUCAUCCGUUUUGUUUUUCUUUUUAUUUGAGAGCAGAUUUAGAUUCUUUGGCAGUUGAACAUGCUAAAUUCUAAUAAUCCGAAUUUGAAUUUUUCUCAGUGGCAACUGAUUUCUUCCUAAAACCUUUUUUCUCUCUUCUUUCUUAAUUUUUUAAUGUCUUUUAUUGAUAUCAUUAUUGAUCCCAAUGUGGCAAGUUGGCAGAAUUGUUAGCACACCAGGUAACAUGCUUACCAGCAUUUCAUCUGUCCUUACGUUCCAAGUUCAAAUUCUUCCUGGGUUGACUUUGCCUUUCAUCCUUUCAAGGUCAAUGAAAUAAGUACCAGUUAUGCAUUGGGGUUGAGGAAAUCAACUAGCUGCCUCUCCCAAAAUUUCAGUCAUUGCGCCUAUAGUAGAAAAGAUUAUUGAUCCCAGUGAUGCAAUAUAUUUUGGUCUAGAAGCGAUGUCCACUUUUAGAUGUAGAAAAUAGAGUUGGGGGAGUCAACAAUAAUUGUCGGUUUAAGGUGGCAGGCUGGCGGAAUUGAUAGCAGACUGGACAGAAUACUUUGAGGUAUUUCUUCUGGUUUCAUGUUCUAAGUUCAAAUAACCCAUUAUCAACUUUGCCUUUCAUCCUUUCAGGGUUGAUAAAACGAGUACCAGUUGAGCACUGGGGUCGAUAUAAUUGACUGAUUCUCUCCCUAAACUUUCAAGCCUUCUACCUAGAGCAGAAAGUUAUUU